UAUAUAUAUAUUUGUAUAUUUUGUAUAAUCUGGGAUGGUUAUAGAACAUAAAAACAACAUACAAUUGGCUAUGUACAAAAGUAGUAGCUGAUGUCUAUGAUCCAUUCGCAGGGAAAUAAACAUUUGAAAUGUGUACAAUAUAUCAUUCUCUCUGUUAUAGAUCUUAUCUAGGAUUAAACAAGCAUACUGGAGUUAAUAUAUUGUGUUUUGUGUAAUUAACAGCCAAGAAAAAAAACCGCAACUUUUAGCGACUGAUUUUUUUGCGAGCACAAACAAAAUUCCACUGUUUUGCCAGACAAUCGAUGUUAACCAACCCUUAGUUACAUGAAUAUUCUCUGGAUACUUUUCAUAGCGGCAGUUAUCUGUGUAACUGGGGACAGACAAGGAUUUCCUCGUUUAUCGUCAAAGUUCUCCAGGUCUCCCUCCUCCAAAAAUCACGAAACGGAUAUUAUUCCUAAACCAAUAAAUCGACUAGUACCAAUCAAGUCCAACCCCAUAUUACCCUUUCCCAAAUGGUUAACUGAUUUCACUGGAUUAAAAGAAUGGCCUGGAUUAGACCCUCCUUACAUUCCACUUGACUUUAUCGACUUUAACAAGAUAAUUGACACUCCAAGACAUCAACAAGCCCAAUGUUCAAAUCCAAUGUUAAGAACACCAACUGCAUGUUCGUUUGAUUGUUUCAAUUGUGUUGAUUUUGAUGAUGUUUAUACUUGUCCUAAACUCUCACAAACGUUUGAUGAUGGUCCUUCCCCAUAUACUUUGAAAUUACUUGAUUCAUUCAAUGCAACCAAUACAAAGACAACUUUGUUCACUUUAGGAAUUAAUAUUGUUAGACAUCCCGACGUAUACCGCCAAAGUCAUGCUCGUGGUCACAUCAUGGGAUCACAUACCUGGUCACAUCAGUUUUUACCUGGGUUAUCCAAUCAACAAAUAAUUGCUCAAAUUCAAUGGUCAAUAUGGGCGAUGAAUGCAACUGCUGGUCAUUUGCCCAAAUGGUUUAGACCGCCAUAUGGAGGAAUUGAUAAUAGAGUGAGAUCGAUAUUACGGCAAUUUGGUAUGCAGGCGGUUUUGUGGGACUUUGAUACAUUUGAUUGGAAAAUGUUGGAUCUGACAAACAAUAGAAAAGAACAGGAUGUGUACAACGAUGUUAAACGGUUCCAAGUUAGAAAUCAAGCAAAGGGAAUCAUGCUUGAACAUGAUGCGAUUUUAAAGACCGUGAAUGUUGGUAUUGAAAUCAAUAAAAAUAUCUUGAAAGAGCAAUUAACCAUACCAGAAUGCGUGGGUGGUAUCAAUUAUAUUAAGACCUUCCAGUAAAUAUUUUAGUUGCUAAAAAACGUGUAUACUUUUCUUAAAUGCACGUCGGUUAAAUGUGUAUGUGUGGCUUAUAUAUAUAUAUAUAUA